GCUUUAUUUUCUCCACCUUUUUGUCAUCUUCAUCCAUCCUACCAUUUGCACAAUGCUAUGACAAAAAGAUGGCAUCUACGAUCGAUGAGCUUCGCAAGGAUGCACCAUCAUUAUUCUUGAUGGGCAUGCGAGGAGCAGGGAAGACGACAUUAGGCAGAUUAGCAGCAGAACAUUUGAACGCACGAUUCAUCGAUGCAGACGAUUUGUUCAUUGAACGAUAUGGAAAUACACCAAAAGAUUUCGUAGCACAAAAUGGCUGGCCAGCAUUCAGAGCAAGUGAGACGAUCAUAUUGAAGGAGCUCCUGCAGCAUGCAGAAAGAAAGAAAGAGCCCGUCGUUGUCAGCCUCGGAGGCGGAGUUGUGGAAGAAGAAUGCAAUAGAACUUUGCUCAAAGCGGCAUGGGGAUCAGAGGAUGGCGUUCUGCGACCGGAGAAAAGGGUCGCAGUAAUUCACAUCUUUCGUGAACUGGAUAAAGUUCUACUUGAUAGCAGAGGACUUCCGAAAUGGACUGGCUUGGUAGCAGGCGGACAAGAGGUCUGGCAAAGGAGGCGACCAUGGUUUCGGGAAAGCUCCUCUCAUGAAUUUGUCAACUUUACCGAUAGAGAAGUCCUGAGACAUGCAUCAAACAGGGAUACGAAAGAUCAAGCGGAAUCAUCACGAGCCGAACGUCUACGAUUUGAAGCUGUAGAGAGAGAUUUCGUUCGUUUUCUUGUGCAGCUUUUAGCAUCUUUUCAAAGCCAAACUUUACCUUGGAAGCCAGAGCCAAAGGGAAGGAGCUAUUUGGUCACUUUGCCAUUUGCCGAUCUUCAUCCACAUGUCGACAAGCUGCCUUUGAUCACUCUUGGCGCUGAUGCGAUCGAGCUUAGGGCGGAUUUGCUAAAUGAUCCAGGUGCCUCCAAUGGACAGGCUGAUAUCAUUGAAGCGUACGAAAAUCCUUCAUUGUCGUACUUGUCUGAGCAGGUUGCUCUUAUCAGGCGUCAUUUACCAGACUAUCCACUAGUCUUCACACUUCGAACACCAGCUCAAGGAGGCAGAUAUCCUUAUCCGGCUGAUGCACCAGCAAAAGCGCUAUUCACAUCGUUACGACAUGCUCUGAAAUUGGGGUGCAAUGUGAUCGAUAUAGAAAUGGGUCUUGAUCCUGCACAAACACAACUGCUGAUUGAAGAGGCAAAACUGCGAAAGAUUACUGUGCUUAUAUCCUGGCGGGAUCAGAAACCUUCAACAUCGGGCGGAUUUGACUGGGAUGUGAAUCGUGCAACGGAUUUGUACAAUAAAGCUGGUGAGCUUGGAGCUGAUAUUGUCAAGAUAGUUGGAACCGCAGGGAAAUUGUCGGACAACUUUGCUUUACAAUUGUUCUGUUCUGGAUUGGAAAGCAAGGACAGAUUGCCGUUGUCUGCUUACAAUAUGAGCUAUUUGGGCCGAAUGAGUCGUUUCUUGAAUCCUGUCUUGGCUUCUGUCACACAUCCGAUCGCAAAAGAACUCAGCAAGGAAGGUGUUGUGGGGAACCCAUCAAUGACGUUUGAAGAGAUUCAAAGAGCGCUUCAUUUGAGCGGUUUGGUCCAGCAAGCACACUUUCUAUCCAUCAUGAACUCUGAAUCAAACUGUCAAAGAUUUGUCGAUUGGUUCAACAUGAUGGGAUUGCCGUACACGAUGCUGCAUUCGAGCACGGACGGGGAUAGCUUAAAACAGUCAAUACACCACGCUGAUAAGCGUCUCGGCAAUCUUGGUGGCAUCUACUUUCCGGAAGGGCUUGCAUGGGAUGCUAGAGACCGUCUUUCGCUCCCAAACAUGAGAUGCGAUGCAAAUGUCAGAGACACUGGCACAUUUGAUUGCAUCACAUCCACACUUUCGCUCGAAAGUCGAUUAAUCAAUACUGCACCUCAGUCGAUCGAAUGGCUGGCAAGCAACAAGUUGGUGGAGGCACUGGUAGACACAAUCACUGCUUCGAUCAGCCCAUCCGUACAUCUUACCAAGCGAUCAAGGAUGGUUGUUCUAUCGGCACACAAUGACUCACAUGAUAAGGUGGAUUGGUAUGUAGAAUCGGCACGCCAAAUAGCCAAGCAUUUUGCUCUUUUGUGCACUACUCAUGACAGUAAAAACAAGCAAUGGAAAGCCGGAAAGAUGCCAAAUGUAGACAAUGAAGAGCUUUCUAGCGAUCCAACGGUGAUCAUCAAUUGUCAAAAAAGCUCUGCCUCUUUUGACCCAACCUUGUUUGAGAAUCCACUCGGUGGACUGUAUGUGGAUACCGUCGAAGAUCGUGAAACGCUUCAAAUACUUCAGCAAGACAAGUUCAAAAACAUGGGUUGGCGAUGCAUCACUGCUGCUGAACUCUGGAGACAAGUUGAUGCCCUGCGCUUCCGAGCUUUUACUGGACGAAGAGCGCCUUCAACCCUAUCUGACUCUUCAUGAUGCCUCCCCAUUCUUACCCUGGUCUCAUGUCACGUAAUUCACAAUGUACAAUACAAUGCAUUUCAUCAUAAAAGCAUCAGUCACAUCAGCGUCUAUUCUGGCUAUCAUCCUUCCUUUGAGAACAAUAAUGAGAGAGCUAAUCCUCCCAAUAGCAAAUACUUGAGCUUGGGGUAGUCGUUCAGCAAGAUUGUUACGUAUCCAACGUAAGGUGCAUAUCUGUAGCAGGUAAAUUAGAGGAGUAUGUGGUUAG